UUCCAGCGAUUGAUAGUAGCGUAUAGUCUGUGUCAUCUUGUAAAUUCAGCUCGAUGUCUAUCACUGAGUCUAGCCAGCUAGCUAUCCAGAUAGCAGAGUAUUCAGAAAGAAUUGGAGGAACGUUAGAUGAGAGCAGAACGAUGGCCCAUCAGCAUCCUGGUUACCGGGCUACAAAACAGAGAGCUCGUGCAGCUCCUCCAGGAGAUCCCCUUCUUUUUGAAGACACCAGUUCUGGGGAGCUACCCAUGAACAACCAGAACUACUAUGAAUCUGGUUACAACAUGGGUGCUGGUGUGUCAGGUGGUCAAGGUACCAGUGGAGUGAAUAAUCUCUUUGCAGAUCCCAUGGCCAAUGCAGCUAUGAUGUAUGGUUCCUCACUCGCAAACCAAGGCAAAGAUAUAGUAAACAAGGAGAUCAGCCGAUUUAUGUCGGUGAACAAGUUGAAGUAUUUCUUUGCAGUUGACACCAAAUAUGUCCUAAAGAAGUUAAUGCUUCUCAUGUUUCCUUAUACACAUCAGGACUGGGAAGUUCGGUACCACAGAGACUCUCCACUCCCCCCUCGACAUGAUCUCAAUGCUCCAGACCUUUACAUACCAACAAUGGCUUUCAUCACCUACAUUUUGUUGGCAGGAAUGGCUUUAGGAAUACAAAAACGGUUCAGCCCAGAGGUUCUCGGUUUAUGUGCAAGCACUGCUCUGGUUUGGGUCAUCAUUGAGGUUCUUGUAAUGUUGCUGAGUCUGUACCUGCUUACAGUGCACACAGAUCUUUCAACCUUUGACCUUGUUGCCUACAGUGGAUACAAAUAUGUUGGAAUGAUCUUCACCGUAUUGUGUGGACUUCUCUUUGGCAGUGAUGGCUACUUUGUGGCUUUUGCCUGGUGCUCCUGUGCCCUCAUGUUUUUUAUUGUCCGGUCUCUCAAAAUGAAGAUCCUUUCAUCAUUGUCUUCAGAUGCGAUGGGUGCCGGAGCAGUGGCUAAACCCGCUAAACGCUUGUACAUCACUGUGGCUUCUGCUGUUUUUCAGCCAAUCAUUAUCUACUGGCUGACUGCUCAUUUGGUCAGAUGACCAUGUACAGGUUCAAAUUAAGGAAAAGGACUUUAAACAGUACAAAAAGCAGUGUGGUGUGACUCCAUAAUUUUCAAUGCCAUUUCAUUUGGAUAUAUGGCCUGCCAGUAACAGUUCAAUUUUGCCUGGCUUUGAGAAUAUGGGAUGGCAUGGUAUUAUUAUCAUUUUGAAACUUGGCAAUUUGACUCCCAGACUUCUCUUUCAGGAUUUGGAUUUUACAUUUUAAGUAUUAUUGCAUUCAUUUUUUUUCUGACUUCAAGGCAUAUGGAAAAAAAUUUCUUGUGACAUUAUCUUUGAAGAUUAAUUGUUCAGUUUACCCUGUAUUCUUUACGCCCAGCGUGCAUCUGUGUGGUGUAUUAUAAUAGUGCUAAACACACUCCCUGCUGAGCCAAUGUGUCCUUAUUUUCAUUUAUCUGUGCAUGAACAGUGCUUUUUCUUACAGUAAAAUAAAUUGUCAGGUAAAUUUUACCUAGGUUUGUUGAUACAUUUUAUUUUUUAUUUAUUUUAGGAUAUUUUUCACUCCACACCAUGCAGUAUAAAAGCUCUAAAGAACAUCUUUCUGAUUCCAGUCAGACGUCCCACACAAUACAAUGUAUGAACCACCUUUUCUUUGUAUUUGUCUAUGUAUGUUGUUAUGCACAUGUUCUUGAAAAACAUGCAUUUUGAGGA